AUACCUCACGUGCCGGUGACAAAUAUGAAACGACUUCAACGGUUAAUGGCUAUACCAAAUAUAUGAAAUUAAAAAUACGUAAUGUGGGUCCCAAUGAUUUUGGUACUUAUCGAUGCGUAGCAAAAAAUUCAUUAGGCGAAACUGAUGGCAAUAUAAAACUUGAUGAAAUGCCAGCACCCACCACUGCAAUUUUAUCCGAAAUGGCCAUGUUGAAUCGCAGUCUAGGUACGAUGUUCAGCCGAAAAAAUGGCAAGCGUCGUAAUAAAAAUAAAUUAGACUCAAAUUCUUUGCCCGACUAUGGUGUUGAAGAGUGGCGUGAUGGUGCCGGCAAUGCGGGCGAUAACAAUCAAGCGCCAAUGCGUAAUCCACCCGAUGCUUUUCACAAUUCAGCAGGAGCAUUGGCACAAAAUAAUCUAGUUGGUGUAAUAAUUCAAGCGAUUAAAAUGCAAUCAUUAGGGAUUUUCAAGCGUUUAACGAAUUUAAGACAAACCAUAAACGAAUGCGACGACACAACAGCAGGAGCAGCAAUUGUUACUACUGAAGGAAAAACAAUACAAAACUACGUGCAUAAAAUACAAAAGCUUAUAGCAGCACUGGAGAAAAUGAUAAAAUCAACAGUUUUUAUUUUAAGACAACAGCAGCGACAAGAACAACCAACAAGACAACUGCGUAAAAAUCUUAUUAUAGAAAAUGAAUUUAAAACAUUUAAACACUUCAGUACACAGGAGACACAUGUCAGCCGCCAUGAAAGACAAGGCAUAAACUGGCGCAGGAAAUGGAGAAAGAGUCGUUUAUGUUACACGCCUGAUAACAGGAGGGCGAUGAUGACGUCAACAUUGAAACAACAACAACAAGAUAAUUCAAAUUUUAUGGCAUAUCUAUAUGUGAACAAUUUUCAAAAACAUAUAAAACAACAAGAAAUUUUACAUAAAUUUAAUACAAUCUAUGUAACACAUAUUUUUGAAACAACUGCUAAUAGUAACCACAACAAUAUGUUUUACAACAACUCUAGCAAUAAGCUUAAUAUAAAGCUUAUGGCAAAUAGAAUUUAUUGGUUUAUAAUUUUACUUUUUAUAACGUUUAGCUUAAGUUUAACUUUAAUCAUAAAUUUUCUUCCUAAAUCUGUGGUAAAUACCUUGAAUUUUCAACAAAUGUUGGUGUUGUUAUUACAACAAUUUCUGCGUAAAGUUGUUAACAACAUACUGUGGCAUAUUGAUGUUAUAGUAAAAAUUGUCUUAAAAAACUUAACAAUUGUUUACAGUAAAUUUAGUUUAAAUUUAAAUUCCACUAAAAAAACAUCAAGAACAACAACAACAACAAGCAAAACAUUAUCCUCAACAUCACUAGCAACUACUCCUGCAACAUCAUCAUUUGCCUCAUCAUCGUCUUUAUCUAUAACCACAGCAUCUGCAUCAGCUUCCUCAUCAGCAUUACCCUGUUCCACUUUAUUGUUUUGUAGAUGAAAUGUAUCAGAUUAGAAAAAUUUUCAUUAUGUAUACCAAACCACAUAUUUACUAAAU